AUGGCUCUUCGUUCUGCGCCCCUCUUGCUCUUGGUGUUAGUGUUGGUGGCCCUCCGGGAGAGCUGCUUCGGCGCCUCCUCCCACUCCCUGAAGUAUUUCUCCACCGCCAUCUCGGAGCCCAGUCAGGGGCAGCCCCAUUUUGUCUCUCUGGGGUACGUGGACAAUCAGCUCUUCAGUUACUACGACAGCCACAGCUGCAGGGAGCAGCCUCGAGCCUCCUGGAUGGAGAGGUUGGGGAAGGACGACCCCCAGUACUGGGACAGUCAGACCCAGAUGGCACGUGACCAAGAGGAGCCGUUCAGAGAAAACCUGGAGACUCUGAGGUAUCGCUACAAUCAGAGCGAAGGCCUUCACACAUGUCAGAAGAUGUAUGGCUGUGAGCUCCAGAGAGAUGGGAGCAAAGUAGGGUUUCAACAAUAUGGCUACGAAGGGAGGACCUUCAUCACCUUCGACAAGGAGACCCUCACCUGGGUGGCUCCUGACCCCCAGGCCCAGAUCACCAAGAGGAAAUGGGACGCUUUUCCAGGAUAUAAUCAAAGAAAGAAGGCCUACCUGGAGGAAGAAUGUAUUGAGUGGCUGGAGAAGCACCUGUCCUAUGGGAAGGAGACACUGCUGAGGACAGGUGAGCAUCUGGAUCCAGGCUGGACUUUCCUCCUUUAUGGCUGGAUCUCCUGUACAUAUUCAGCCCCUUUGGGUCCCUGGUCUUUAGGCUGUUUGCUCUGGUAG